AUGUCAGUUAGUUCAGCAAGAAGUACAUCGGAUUCCGAUGAUGAAUUUUUCUUGGAUAUGUUAUUUCAUCUACCAAGGCCAAGGCUUUUCCGAGAUAGAAUAAAUCCUCUCGAAGAGUUUGAUGACCUCGAUUUUAAAUGCCGUUUUAGGCUUUCAAAAGAAACUUUUGGUGUUUUAAUGCAUCUUAUUGUUGAAUAUGUUAAACAUGGAACAAAAAGAAAUGUUGCACUAUCUCCAGAAGUACAAGUUUUAAUAACUCUUCGUUAUUAUGCUACUGGAACAUUUCAAGCAGUUAUUGGUGAUCAUAUCAGAGUUAAUAAAUCUACUGUAUGUAGAACUAUUAAAAGAGUUUCAACUGCUAUUGCUCUUCUUUGCCCUCAGUUUAUUAACAUGCCUCAGAACGCACAUGAAAGAAGUAUAGUUUCCACAGGGUUUUAUAAAAUAAGAAAUUUCCCACGUGUUAUUGGUGCUAUAGACUGCACUCAUAUACGAAUACAGUCUCCUAAUAGUGAUAUUGGUGAACGGUUUCGUAAUAGAAAAGGAUGGCCAGGAUCUGUUCAUGACAGUACAAUUUUCGACAAUUCUUUAGUCAGAGCAAAAUUUGAAAACCAUGAAUAUGGGAAUAAUGUUUUUUUGAUAGGGGAUGGUGGUUAUCCAUGUCGAAAUUAUUUAAUGACUCCACUCUUAAACACGAGAACACCAGCAGAAGAAAAUUAUCAAAGAGCACAUAUUAGUACAAGAAAUGUUGUUGAAAGGGUCUUUGGAGUUUGGAAAAGAAGAUUUCCUGUUUUAGCUGUUGGAAUACGCACCAAACUAAGUACAUCUAUGAAGACUAUUGUUGCCACCGCUGUAUUAUAUAAUAUCUUAUUACAACAGCGAGAUGAAAUGCCACAUAAUGAAGAGCCAAUUAGACCGGAGUUCUUACAUGAAUUGAACGCAAAUCCUAUAAGACAAACUGGAAAUUUAGUCAGAUCACAAUUAAUUAAUUCAGUUUUUUCUUAG